AGAGUUAUCAGUCUUCACGAUAUUUAUUCCGCCGAUCAAUGAGUUUAAAGGUUCAUUUGAGUCAAGAAAAGUUGAUUUGUCCAAGAUAUGAGGCUGCAGAAACGUAACAGAUACACUAAAAGAUAGAUGGAGAAGGUAUGGCCAAAUUCUCUGUUAUCAUUUAACUUUCACCUGCUGUGACAGUAGAACAGAUUUCUGCAGCAUGCAACAACCUUCACGUGCAGAUCAAAGCUUCUUUGUUAAUUAUAAAGUAAAUUUUCAAUCCUGUCUCUUACAAGUGUGAAUGAUAAGCACUCUGGAACUGUAAUUGAUUCUAGAAAUAACAAAGCACAACACCUUGAUUUGCUCAAGGUGGACAAUCUUUUAUAGAAUAGUGAGAGCAACAACUCUCCUAAGACCCCCACCCCACCCCCCACCCUAGACACCUAGCACCUACCUAGACACUUGUCAGGCUGGCUUUUAUUGCUGGUUGGCAUGUGUCGUCAUGACAGCCAUGUUUGGGGUAAAGAAAUAUAGUGCAGCGAAGGGGGGAUACUCUUAUACAUGGACUUCAUUUUAGGUUAUUCACAUUCUCCUAUUUUUCUGUAUGAAUGUGGAGAUCAAUCCCUAAGUUUAAGAGUCUACCAUCUUGAAUGAACAUGGUGGAAGAAAUCUGCCAGAAUACAAAUUGCCUAUCAGGGCAGUGGUGUGGGGCAACAGAACUCCCAAACAUGUCUGUUCUUAUUCUGGUACAGUACAUGUAUUUUAUAUCUGUCAUUGAGGUUGAGGGCAAGUGUGAAGUUUGGUGUCAUUGGGACCAAGAGAACUGUCCAUAGUUCAGAGGUGUCUAUAUUAUGGACAGAGACAGGGCUUUUAAGAAGUUUGGUGUCCGUCCUUGUUUGGUGUCUCAAGGAGCAAGGGAACUGUUCAAAAUGCAGAAGUGUCUGUGUCAUGGAGUUAUGUGCAAGGAUUAAACUAAUGAAGAGUGGUGUUUGAGAUUUAGUAAACUUUCUGUAGUAAAGAGAGACAGGUUCAUAUCUAAUUUUUAUUGUCUUAACUGAUCAGGAAGAGGACCAGAAAGGUGCCACUGACCUCAAAUCAGAGGGAAAUGCACAUUUUAAAGAUGGAAAGUAUGACUUAGCGGGUGCUUGUUAUACUCAAGCACUAAAACUGUUUUCUCAAGAUGAGAAGGAUAAAGAAAAGUUGAAGGAAAGAGGAGUGAUUUUAAAGAAUCGAGCUGCUUGUUAUUUGAAGCUAGUAAGUACUGGGAAUAUGUUUUGCCCUGAAACACUGUUUAGAGUCAAAACACUACCAAAUGAUGAUGAUUAUGAGGGGGGGUAAAAGGGACAGGGGAACAGGGAGGUCCAAGCUUCCUGCUUCCUAUACCUUGCAUGGCGACUGCUGCUCCUUUUUCUUAGCUUCCUCUCUUUAACCCUUUUUUGAUUGUGAAAUAUUAUGUAUUGCUGCAUAAUUUCCUCCUACAUGUAUUUCUCCCACUUAAUCAAUGUUUAAGCUUUUUUAAUGCAAAUUAAAAACCUAUUUGUAUAGAUGUUAUUUCAGUAAUGUAUUCUAACUUUGCAAAAAAAAAUUAAUUUUUACUUUACAGGAAAAGUAUGAUAAGGCUGCAGAUGAUGCCACUGAAUGUAAGAACAAACCCUUAUAUCUUAAUUAAUAUUCACUGAAUAAUCUAAUAAAAUAUCCUAUAAUGAUUCUAAGAUGUUGCAUACCUUUGAAAAGGGCAUAUGCAUUUUUUGGGGAUAGGCAUUUCCCACCGUUCUUUUUACUUGCUUUCUAGCAUUGAAAUAUUUACCAAAUGACCCAAAAGCAUUGUUUAGAAAAUGUCAAGCGCAGGAGAAGCUUGGUAAACUUGAAGGAGCAUUCCGAGAUGCAAGAACACUGCUUCAAAUUGAACCAAAGGUAUUUAUUCAGUCACACAUGAACGUACAGCAGCAGCAAAAACUGUAACGUACAUGUACUCUAGUUAGACACCUUGUAGCAUGCUGUUGUUGUGGUGAUCAUAUGGAUUAUAGCAGUCUGUGCAAAUAGCCAUGGCCUUUUAACUUCAAAAUGAACUUUCUUCAUGCUGGUCAGAUGGUUACAAAAAAAUACAUAUUCCUCACUUUUACCAAGAAUGGUUCUUUUGAAUAAUAAUGCUGAGAGAAAAGGUCUCUGAAUGCAGAAUUUAGUCUGGUCUUGUAUUGAGAGUGGUAAAAGGGAAACAGCUUCACUAGGCCUUGAGGAGGUUGAGUACAGCUGUAUUUAUUUUAUUACUCCUGUAGUGUGAAAAAUGGAAAAAAAGUAUUAUAGUGAACAUCUACACAUAACUUUAUUAGUAAAAUACUGAUUUGUACCUACACUGUACUUGAUUUUUUUUCCUGGCAUUAGUCGAUAAUUUAUUUAUUAUUAUUUAUUUUUGUAGAAUACUGCUGUUCAAGAGAUGCUGAAAAGGCUUACUUCUCGACUCCAGGCAAAGGUAUCGCUUAUUAAUAGACCAGAUAUGAUGAACAUCUGAUCAUGACUAUAAGGCUCUUUCCACACGUAUCCAGAUACCGUAAAAUUCCGAAAAUAAGCCCCUUUAAACAUAAGCCCCCCAAACUCAUAACACAAAAAACCCUCCAAUAAAUCGCCCCUCCAAAUACAAGCCCCUGGGGGCUUGUACUUGGAAAUUGUCCUCAAAUUCAAAAUUAAAAAAAGCGAAAACUGCACAGUAACACAUAGAUUUUUGCAUUUGCCAAUGAACCAUUUCAUAUUGUGCCUAAUGAUUGCAGUCAAAAAGUGUCACUGACAAUGUAUUGCUUUUUGCAUAGUUCAAAUCCAAGCCAAGACUGUAAAUGUUUUUUGAUUAUCUGUAUUAACAGGGUGACCGUGUUCGCACCACUGAUGGUCUUGUUGAUGAGAUGUUUACUGCCAUUUAUAGUAAUGAAGUCAGUGAAGAAAGAAAAGCACAGGUACAAUAAUAUUUUUAUUAAUGGUCAAAUUUGAUUUCAGGGUAAUUUUGAUUUGAUCUAGGUUGACUCUCAAUUUUCUUUGUCUCCUAGCCCUAGAAGACAGUGAAAAUUAAGAAGCAACCUAUGUUAAAAAAAAACUUUUAACAUGAAAUCAAAUUUGACCUUAAACAUGUACCAUGAACUGUACUUAAAUUAUUGCACUGUUUUGCAGCAGACUUUGUUUGGAAAUUUAAAGGAGAAGGAAGGAAACCUAGGCUACAAUUUAGUAGAUUAAAAGGCACCGAGAGUGCCAGUUUCACACAGUAUAGCUUGGGGAAUUCCUCCCUUCCAUUGGGAGGGGAGAGGAGGGGGGAGUCUUCCCAGAGGUAAAUAGCCCUUCAGUGGCAAGGAAAAAAAGAGUUUUAACUUUGAGGAUGAAUUAGUGAACUGAUACCUGAAAAUUAUGAUGUGAUAUUGUGGUGAGUUCUUGAACAGAAAAUGCAAUUGAGUGCUGCCAUAAUUUAUCCUUGUUAAUGUGAAUAUUAACAUUUAUUUUUCAGGCAGUAAAAAAUCUUGUUAUUUUGGCCAACGAUGAGCCUGGUGCACAGAGAAUAUUCCGAGGAGGUCUGAUAUACAAAAUGUUAUAAUUUUCUAUAGCCAGUUAGCAUGCACAAGAUACAUGUAUUUUCAUUUAAACUUAAAUGAACUAAACUAAACUAUACCCAGGAGUGGAUACAAUCUAGUAAGAGAGAAUGUGAUGGGGACCUAAGAACUAUCUAGAGCUGCAUUUUCACAUAUUGUUUUCUUUGUACAAUUUUUGGCAAUGAUAGAGUUUUUGCAUCUUCUUCCCUGACAGGUGAAUUACCCAGAGUUAUUUCACUUUUGAAUAGUGGAUCAAAUGAACAGAAAGUGUCGAUGCUGAAAGUUCUGAAAGGCCUGUGUACAAACUCAAAAUUGAGGGUAUUUAGUGAUAGAUAUAUUAAUUUUGUUUUGUUCCUUUGGGUUUGUGAUCAUAAGAUCUUACUGAUCUUACUGCAAUGAAGACAGAAUCCCUGAUCAGUUUCAACUAGGCAUUUAGUCUCCAUGGCAACAUAGUGUUGUCACGCAGUGCUUCUCCUGUUGUUUGACAACACUGAAUUUGGCUGCAAAUGAGACUAGAACUGAAGCUGCUUGACUUAGAGUAAUUUUGUUGUUUUACUUUAUUGUGACGGUUGUCUGUAAUCAAACUCCAUUCAAUUUAAAUAUAGCAUUGUAAUACAUUGUCUUUUAUUUGUGGGACUGUCACAGUGAAAUUCCUUUUAGUUUUCAAGAAGGUUUCACACAAUUAUUGCUCAGCCUAGCCAAGUAUUUAAGUUAAUCAUGGGAACCUUUUCUCUCUUCUCAGUCUUUUUCAGUGCUUAAAGAAGUUACUCUGCCAAGACUAUUAACCCUUAUUGAAUGUGUAAGUACUAAUUGUGUGUGAGCUACUAGAUGGAAUACAUGUUUCCCCCGCGUUUAAACUGACCAUUACCUUCUUUAGUCCCCAGUUUUGAAGUACAAAUUCUCCUUUCCUUCCCCAUAUGUUUCUUUCCGAAGUAAAGGGGAGAAUUUGUUAAAUAAUCAUGAGAAAUUUGCUUCUUGUGGCACACAAAAACUGUUUGAAAGUAAGUCCAAUAAAAAUAGGUUAGCUGGGAGUUAACUUAGUCUUAUCUAAUCUUUUUUGUUUUGUGUUUUUUUUAGCCUGAGACUGAACUGGCAAUGGCUUCUGUGUUGGUUCCUCAACAAGCUCUAGAUUCACUCAUUCCAAAACCUCCAGAUAAAAAAGACAACAAAAACCAAGAACCACCAAAAGAACUAGGUAAUCCUGUCAGAGAAUAAAUAAAUAAACAAAUAACAAUUUAUUGGUAGGGCGUCGACAUGGUGGUUCUUCAUCAUCCAUUCCUGGUCAAAUAGGAAUUUGGAACUGUUAGUUUUUGAGGAGAGGUGAAAACCUGAGAACCCAGAGAAAACCUCUCAGAGCAAAAGGAGAGAAUCAACAGCAAAUUAAACUCAACCCACGUUUGCAAUUGAUGCCGGAAUUGAACACGGUCAUAUUGAUGGGAGGCGAGUGCUCUCACCGCUGCAAGAAACUAUAAUAAUAUUAUAGUUCCAUCUAAGUUGAACGUUAUUAAAAUAAAUAACAAAUAUUAUUAGUUUAAGUUUGACCUUCAUUUUAAUUGUUUUUCUUUCUUUCAGAGAAUAAAGAGGAAGUUCAGGGUCUCAUAAUGUUGAUUCUGGAUGCUAUUAUGAGUGAAAAGUGAGUUGUUGAAUAAAUUUCACAUUGGUUUACCUGUGGUGCAGAUGGAUUGGUGUACGGUCACAUGAUUACCAAAAUAUCCAGGAUGGUUAGAUUACUAAAUUUUUUUAGGUAUGGGGUUCCACUUGCGCGCUGGAGCUCCGCUAUAAUGGUUUAUUCUGUUGGAUAAAACCAAUAUGCCAAUUAACUACAGAAUUUAAGAUUCACUAAUAUCCUUUUUCACCACGUGUCCCGUUUUCAUCUUCAAUAUCCAUUUGUUUUUAAUUUUGAGGAUGAAGACUGUAUGCAUGUACCUGUUUAUACAUGAAGUCAAUGUAAAGUGUACUUAUAGUAGGUCAAAUGGAUUUUUCAUGAUUGUAUAUACCGGUAGCCAUUAUCAUUGUCAUUGUCACAGUAUUGUUCAAAUUGAUUGUCGCUAUUGUUAUUAUUUUUGCUCCAGGGUUGGUGCGGAGAGUCGAGAUGCUGUCAUUGAUGUCCUUAUUAAAGUUAUUCCCAAAAACAAACUAGCUGUAGAACUCUUUGUGAAACUUGGAGGUGAGCUGUUGUGGGCCUUUAACCUUUCACUCCCAUGCCAAAAGUCAAAAUUCAUGAUCAAAAUUCCCAAACUUUUAUUUUGUUUAAUGCUGGAAUGCAAAUAUUACCAGGUGAAAGUACUUGCAAAGAGGUUUAAUUUGAAUGUUCACACCACAGACUCAAACAUAGACUCCAACUUUAGAACUUCACACUAAAUAGAAUUAAUAGUACCUUGUGAGACUACUGCUCAGUAGCUUUUAUUUGAAUGGUUACACUACAACGACUGUUACCCUAUAGGAUUUCGUUCAGAGACUUAAAAGUUAGAACAACCUAACAAGACUCCAUUAUCCUAGCCUGAAUUUUAGCCAUCUCUCUGAGUCGCAAACUUCUUCUGUACUCUCUCGGGAGUAGCAACUCGAGGGGAUGGCUGAAAUUCAGGCUAACGUUAUCCACUCAGGGGGUAAAAAAAACUGUAGUGUCUUGCUUUUGUUUUGGUUUAUCCUGCAUUGCAUAGGGAACUAGACGUCUGGAUUUGUUAUGAAAAUAAUGUUUCAGCCGUGUUCUUUAUUUUUCUCUACACAGGAGUGCGCAAGCUGAUGGUUGUCGCUGCUGCCACAGCUGGUGUGAAAUCACGCGACAAUGAAUCUCUUGUGGUAUCAAACAACACCAGGAUGCACAUAUCUGUUUCCUUGGCAAAAAUGGUAGACUCAUUUGGGUUAGUUUUGUUCUUCACGAUAUUGCGUAGCUGGUGAUAGGCUUGUUUAUUGUUUGUAUGGCAUUUUUGAGCGGGAUUGUUAGUGGCAAUAUCAACAGUGCUUCAGAUCUAAGCUUGCUGACCGCAAUAAUGUUUUUAGUACAUGUACAUUGCCGGUAAAAUUAAAUAGGAGAAAUAAAAUCUGACCCACCAGUUUCUAAUGCUUACACCUCGCGGAGCUUGUCAUGUUGCUGAGAAAUCUUAGUGAAGGUUGUGAGGGAAGCAAGGUUUUGAACACACCCCUGUUAGCAAUGUGCUUUGGGUUUGAAUCCUGAGAACAUGUGAGCAACCACUCGGUUUCAGGAAAUAUCAAGAGCAAGGUUUUAGCCAGAAGGGUGUCCAGCAGUCCUACGGACGCCCAUUUGUGGAAGAAAUACAACGAAAAUUCACUUAAUCUCUUUAACAUAAUUUCGUGGGAAAACAUGCCUUCUGGGCGGCCAGUUUUCAAUGUCUAGCUAAAAGCCUGAUCAACAGUCCUAGGUCAACGCGAGAUUGCUUCUUGCUUCCCUUGCCACUAGCUUGUGACCUAGACUACCAAACAGUCUUUUUUUUGUUUUGUUUUUUGUUUUGUUUUGUUUUGUUUUGUUUUUUUCAAAAUCCGUCCCAUCUCCGUUUUCCCCAGUCGUUUUGACCAGUCGCGCGCACACACUUAACCUGGGCAAAAAUACCGGGUGUUUUGCAGUCUACUUGUGACCCCUCAACUUUUACAAUUCCCAAGAGGAGCUCUCACCUGUAAGCUUGAAUUCUGAAGACGACCCCUGAUUGUCGGUUAUGUUUGGUGUUAAGUCUGCUUUGGGAGGAUUAUAUGUCAAUUUUCUCGGUUUUUUCCCUUCUGUUCAAAAACCAACAAUUAUUUGCCGCAAUGGGUAAUUUUAAGUUACUAGCUUGUGUUUUCUCCUUAUAGAUGGCACCAAAAGGAGAAAGAACCAUUGAUGGAGGAUGGACAAGCGGCUAUCAGGUAAAAAGUAAAAUGCAUUUACUAAGAUUGGAUUUAGAAGUAAUCAGACUUGAUCAUUACUUCCGAUUAUUGAUGUAGAAUGUAAGACAGUCCGUAUUUUUGCGUAUUCAAGUACGAGCGAACAUUCAAACAAAAGGUCUAGAGCGAGGCUAAAAACAGAGAGCGUGAGACUCUAACGCUAUUCUUACGCUACGCUAAACCGACAAAAAAAACCCGACUGUUUUACAGUCUUUUAUUGAUGGGGUGCUUGGAAUUGUGUUUAUGAAAGAGCAAGAGUCACUGAGGGCCUUUUUCCGUACGCCCAUCAAAGAUACAGUUAUUUUAACGUUGUUGUAAAUUUUAUGGUAUUUAAAUGCACUAUUAGCUUUAAUUCCUUUGUUCUUAUAGUAUUUGUUCCUACUGUCAAGUUUACAAAUUACUUUCUUUCUCUCUUACCUUUGUAGUCAGUACCUGACACAAAGUAGUUCAGAAGCUCACAUCAAGGGAGCGACAGCUUUGUGUUGCUUGUUUCAGGUAUUUUUUGGUACUCCUUAUCCUAUGUGUUUAACCUUCAUUAAUCCUUAGUUUACGUUGCUUUUGUCCUUUAGACCUCAGCCAGGGUAGCUAAAGGCGGGUCUUAAAAUGAAUGAGAAAUUAUAAAGGUACUGCCAUUCGCGCUGCAAACGGCUCAACCUUCGCCUCGUUAGGAUGACCUCGUAGAAAUGAAGGUCUCCUCUCAAGUAGAAAACGAAAAAACAUUGCCGACAGUUGGUGCGUUUUGCAUGCUACUAUAAUGCCUUAAAGUUUAUCAUACACUUAAUUUAUGUUCGUGUUAUUUAUAGGGAAUACAGGAAGCAGCUUCGUCCCUUCUUGGCAAAGAGGAAUUCCUGGGAAAAAUCCUUGCACUUGCGACAAGAACAGACCGGUUGUCACAGGUUUAUUAAAUGCUGUUUUUACGCCAUCGUUCAAUAAUUGUUUUAUACUUUCAAAUUGCUUUACGAGGCGCAGUUACAGUUGUAGAAAAAUAAAUGUUUGUGAAAUGUCUUUUGCUGAUCACGGUCAUCUGUUUACUGUAAAAACAAAGAGUUUUCCGAUAUGAAAACGAUCUAUCUAUCUCGCGCGAGAAUUUUAUGGCGAUUUUUAACACAGGCAAGAAAAGUCUGUUACCCUUAAAAAGACCAGGAAAAGUAAAAGUUGGAGCUAAAUUUCGGACCAUCUACCUUAAGCUCUAGGGUCAGGCUAGUGCUCGUUUAGUAAAAUGAAGCAAAGUGUUGUCGUUUUGGCAAGCUGAUUUUCACAUUUUUGGCUCAACCCGUGUAACGGUUUUUUGCGCUAAAACCGUCGUUGCGAAUCAUCUCGUGUAACAUAACCUUAAGUUCAUACAGCAAGAAUUGUCAACCGGUUGAAAAUUUGUGCGUUUAGGUUUUCCGUAGUUUUCCGUUUACACGUAUCCACCUCGACCUUAACGAAAACUUACACAUCUAGUCGUUCAAAGUUUUGUGUGAAAGGAGCGAAAAUAUUGAACGGUUCCGUGCGAAAGUGUCUGGUCAAAUUUUUCAACCCGCUCGAAAAUUCCUCCGGCCCCGUGUCAACGUCGCCUCAGGAAGAAAUGUAAAAAUCUUGGGAUAAGUUAAGCAAAAACUUGGAUUCCAGGUUUUGCAUAUUAGCGACAAUUAUCCACAAGUCAGUAUGUGUUGGUGUUGCCACCAGUUUUUGGAUUGGGGAAGUAAAACUUCAAUUAAUUUUAACAAAGAUUUCAGUACACAUCGAACAACACGGAAGUUUUGCUGACUUGCAUUAAGUGGAAAUGUGGCUAUCGCGCUCUUUUCACUAAUUUUCUAAGCUGGUCAUAAAUGCAUGUUGUUUAGUAGCCUGUAUAUUAUAACAUGAAUGCCUCAAAGGAAUUUUGACUUUAUUCCACUUUUUCAUAGAUUGUUGCAUCUGAGACGUUAGCUUUAGGAGCCUCUGACAAGAAUCUAAGUACAGUGCUAAACACACAGGUAAAACAAAAAAGUAGGAUGAGUCUAAGAACCGUUUUGCCCGAAUGCUUAAGGGUAACUAAAACAUUAGAUUAUUGAGUGGUAUCGAUGGAUUGAUAAGAAUCACUUACAACUGAUUUUCCCCAGUAAAGCAUAUUUGGAAGCCUCCAACAAAACGUCAAAACAACAAAUUGCUUAAUGAGCAAAACAACAACUCUGCACGUGCAUCACACUUUCAACGAGCUCUGCACGUGCGACAUACUUAUUGAUACAUUUGCACCACCACGACGUAAAGUUUCUCAAAGCGAAAUUUUAUGAAGGACGUUAACAAACUACGACGAGUUUUACUUCCUCUUGAACUUCCCUGUUCUCUAAAAAUUUCCCAGGAAAGGUGGCCCAUAUUUGGCGAAAAUUAGUGAUUGGAUGGAAUUAAUCGCCACGAAGUUUUUAAAAAGCGAAAAUUCAUUUAUGAUUAUUAUUUUGGAAGUAUGACUAACUUUUUUGUUUUGUUGGUAGGCCCUUCCUGUUCUAAAAGACUUGUACCAUCUGAAGGAUGAUAGUAUAAGAGUUCGAGCAUUGGUGGUAAGAACCAUUUUAUUGUAAAUUUAGGUUUUUUACCAUUUACAAAACGUUUCCGUAAAACCUGGGUAGAAAGUUAAGGGAACACGGCUUUUUGUUUCGUUCAAGCGAAAAUUUCGGGAACAUCUGAAAAGGUAGUCGUGAUUUUCCGGACGAAUUGUUUCAAAGGGAAAUUCGUGUUCCAUUUCUUCAAAGCCAUCUUUGUAUCAGGCCUUCGCGGCCGUUUUUUGGUAAAUGGAACUGAUUUGUACAAAUAGUAAACGCGAUUCCGGAAUGAUGUCCUGAAUUGCUCUUACAUUUGCUCAAGUGGUGAACAACCUAUUCCGCAAGACCGUUUUCAGUAGCAGUUAUCUGCACCGACGUAAUGACCCCGAGACCAAUCAAAACUUUGGAAAACAAUAAUUUGAAUGAUAAUGUGUGUUAUUUCAGGGUCUAUGUAAAUUGGGCACCACCGGGGGAGGGACAGUCAAUGACCAGACCUUUGUAGAGGGGGCCACUCUCAAGUUGUACAAAUCAGUGCGAAGGUGAGUGCGUGAUGUUAUAUUCUGAAAGAACGAUCAUCUUCUGCAUAUUGUUGGCCGUGAAGAUGACGUAGUAAUUCCUCUUCAACAUCAACGUAAAAUAGGACGCUUGAGCAAUAAAGACGGCGAGGGAGACGACGAACAUUCGACUAUGAUUUGUCCGAGGUAGAAUAAUAUUGACAGGUAUGACGGACGUGAAGUUACCUUUUAAGUAACCUUUCCCCGCCAUCACCGAAGUGGUUGCUAAAGCUCCUUAAUAUUUAAUACCUACGGCUUUCUAUCAUGGCACAGGGAGUCACGCGUCACAUCCGAAUACAACCGUACGAGGAAAGAAUAAAAGAAACUGAUGUUUAUCGAUUGUUACAGUGUUUUUGUGAAGAUCAUUUUCAAUCAUUCAUGUUUACUCUCUGUAGUUUUUUGACCAAAUCAAAGAAGGAGAUAGAGCUUCGAAAGUGGGCAGCGGAGGGGUUGUCUUUCCUAACUAUGGACGCUGAUGUUAAGGUACUGAGGAAUAAACAAUUUGUAUCAAGUAAGAAAAAUAAACGUUAAAUCUACACGUAAAGAAUACAGUCAUGUAUUUAUGUGCAUAAAAUACCAUUUCUGCACUCCCAUGCACCUUCGAAUGCAUCAUCCUUCGGACGUUCCAUUCAUCCCAUUGCUCUCAUCGAAGCAUUGACGGUAGUUUUAGAAGUAAAUGUAAAAACCAAUGCUAAGUAACAAACUAUCACUGUUUUUAUAAAUUUCUUUUUUAGGAAACUUUUAUCGAAGAUCGAGAAGCACUGAGAGCACUUUUGGAGUUGGCAAAGGUGCUUAUUUAUUUUUUCCUGCAUUUUUUCUAGGCCCAUAAUAACAGAAAAAAAAUUGGGUGCGUUAUUCAGUCAUCUUGAAAGAACAUGCUUAGCUAUUUAAGGAUUUUUUACGUGACCAAAUCACAAUCUUUUUUAACGGGACAAAGCGGGAAAUCCCGAGCGGGCAACGCCCCAUCAUGCCAGAUCGGUUAGCCGCUCGGAUAUCCAAUCAGAACACAGGAUUCGCUUUAUCUUGCCCUCUCGCGAGGCCAGCCAUUCAAUAAACUGAUUUGAAAGUUUACCAAUGUACGCUUCGUCUGAGCGGGUGUGCAACUCUUACGAAUUAAAUAUGUAGGCUCCUAAGGAAACUUUGUACACUACUCUUUUAGGAAGUCAAGGAAAGGCAUUGGAGGGAAUUUGAACACUCUGCUUUGGAUUGUAUUCAUAGUUGUUUUGUCCAGGGGGGUGGGGAGGGGGGCUCCUGUUAAGGAGAAUGUUUACCUUCCUUUGAUAGUAGAAAGCUUGAGGUUUGAGGACGAGAACGUUUACGAGACUUAACUUAAAGUUUUUGUGCGUGUUUACAAAAAAUGACACCCCGGAAAGCUUCAUUUUUACUUUUUUUCACCAAAAAAGUUAGUUCCGGGUUAUUUAUACUGAAGGAGGUUAAGCCCUCUCCCGAUAGCAAAAUGAUAAAACUUCUUACAUUUAAUAACUUUUUCCCGCCAUUACGACAUUCUCCCUAAAAGUCGCAUAGUAGAAUGACGACGGCUACCACGUUUUCCCGCCAAAAUGACGCUGGCUCACGCGUGCGCAAUACUCAGUAUUGAGAAAAUCUCGUGAUCGUAUGUAGUUGUCCUCGUCUCAGAAUCUAAACCUCUCUAUUUAGUGUCUGUACUACCAUAACUUUACUCAUAGCGCAAAUUACCUUUCUUUUGUUUUUGUACGCCAGGCCAAUGAUGCUACUCUGUUGUAUGGGGUGUGCCAGACACUGGUCAACUUAACAAACACAUUUGACAAACCAGAUAUCCCUGAUGAAAUGAAGCAACUUGGAGAAUUUGCUCAAGUUAAACUGCCGAAAUUCUCUGAAAAGGUGAUUAAUCAACAAGAAUCUAAGAGUUACUAUUAAAGUUUUGCGAACGUUGUGUUAGUAAUGUCGGGUGCCUUCGCUAGAUCAUUAGGAUACAUUUACAGAAGUGGUGCAUUUACCUUCUUUUUCUUUCUCGUUUGUUUAUUCCAGGACGGAGAAGAGUAUGUGAAAAAAAGAAUCAAAAAACUUGUUGAAGUAAGUUAACACUGAAAUUUUAGCUUACCAGAUUUUACUCGCGGGUACAUCUCCAUGCUUACACGCUCGCUGUCGCACCUGCCAGCACUUUUCCAGCGACACCAUCGUCUGUGGCCUUCAGCGCUCUUUUGUUAUCAAGAAGGCGUUUUCUUGCCAAACGUCCUCGUGUCGCCGUUGCCCUUUCAUCUACAUUAAACAGGACGUACUCUAAGACAACGUUUUGGCGAGCACCUUCGAAGCAUAGAGAAGAACUUGCCUGGUUUCCCUGUCGCGGAACAUUUUAGCACAACUUGUCACUCUAUCCACGACGCUCUAGUUCGCGGAAUUAUGCUCUGUGGGGAAAACGUGCAACGAAAGCGCCUGGAGAUGCGCCUUAUUUAUCAGCUACGCACAUCCGCGCGGCUUAGACCCCGUUUCCUCUAGGUUGACGCGUGAGCAUGGCAUAUGCAAACAUUGCAACGUUUCCUACGAACUUUCUAACUCCACUGAUGAAGGGCCAGGCCCGAAACGUUUGGAGAAAAUCUCAAAUCAGAACAUGGCACUUUUGUUUAUUAUUUUUCUUUUUUUGUUGUUGUUGAACAUUCCCUUACUUACUUCUAAAGCGCCACGCAGUUUAUCGGAAUUUUUUUUUUCCGUUAGUUGUUUGAUCAGAUUUUUCUGUCGUUUUAAACUAGUUAGGCGCACGUCUAGACUAUACUGAAUGGCUUUUCAUAUCGUCACGAAAAAUCCUCCGUCAUGGUAUAAACACUUGUUCACACUAUCACGAAGAGUAGCACAGCAACCCGGUAUCCGAUAUGGUAACGAUCCAGUUUCAUGAUCGGUGCGGCGCAGCUUCGUAAUGUUUAAUAUAGAAACCGCUCCGAGACCACCAUUCUUCUGCUGUGUGAACAGAAGCGCCAUCCGAUAUGGUUUUAGUGCCGGCGUAAGAGCUAUCUGGUAGACAAAGCCUAAAACAGGUGUAACUUGUUUCACCCAAUAAUUUUUUCUCUUUGUGUGAACAGGAAGGCCUCAUAUCUGCGCUUGUCAACCUGUCAAACACUGAGAGUGAUAACAGCAGAGAGAUGAUUUCAAGGUAACAAGUCCAGAUAACUAUUAAACGAUGUGUUAUAAUCGCCGUAUCAUGUUCGAAAUGAGAAUACACUGUCUAAACAGACACAUUGCUGCAAAUUCUUCGUCUCUGUAUUUGAAGCUAGUGGAACGUUACAUUGUUUAAUUAGGUCAAAGUGAAAUUUUAGGCAAAAUUCAUUGAAUAAAUCUGUUUUCACGUUUGUGAAACAAAGCUUUUCACUUUUUGCCAAUGUAGUUAUAGUCAAACCUCUUUAAUACGGACACCAAAGGGACAGAACCAAGUGUCCGCUUUACAGAGGUGUCCGUAUUAUAGAGGUAGGGAACGUAUGAUUUUUGGCAUUUCUGGGACCAAACGAACUGUCCGUAAUAGAGAGGUGUCCGUAAGGACAUGUUAGACUGUAUAUAGCAUAUCUUAACCCCUUUUCCUACCCCCAACCCCGCCUUAAACUCACCUUUCGUUUCCUUGUUUAGAGUUUUCAUGGGAAUCACAAAAGAACAGGAACACCGAGGAAUGACAGUACAACAAGGUGGAGUCAAGGUUAGAAAACCGUAUGUUUGUGAAGUAUACUGCUAAAGUCUGGCCUGUCCCAGGUGUUCAGAUUGUGGGGACGGCGUGAAGAUAUGUGAGCAGCAAAAACAACGAGGGGUGGGGUAGGGAGAGAAAGGCUAGCUGACGUAAUACUCCCAGAGCCAAUCUAUACCCUGAGUGCAAGAGGCACUUCUAACGCGGUUCCGGUUCUCGUUACACGGGAACUAAUUUGUAAGCGGCUUCCCCUCCGGUCAAUCCUGAGUGAACGAGAGUCUCGUAGAGACGCAAAGAUAAAGGAUUAUGUGGGGCACAGGCCACCCAAAGUGUGAUUAGUCAAGUUUCGGUUGAAUUAGUGAAGUGGUGUGAAGUAAAUGAUUUUGAUAUUUCUUUGAGGUCUUCUUCGUGAAGGCCGCAACAAGCAGCUUAUAACAGUUCAAGCAAAAGGCAAACGGCAAUUUUUACCACUUGUCCAAGUUGAUCUCUUUCAUCGUUUACUAUGACAUCUACACUAAAAUAGGUGUUUUCAUGCCAUUUUUUAUUCAUAAACAUGUCUUUCUUUCUUUGCACACUUAUUAUUUGCUCACUUCUAAAUGUCGCACAUCGCUUCUAAACUGAGAAAUUGUCAACCAAUCUCGCUCGUUGUGUUUUUAUGGUGACUGGUUUUACUCUGUUCCAAGCGGGUAUCCUUGUCAUUGUCAUUAUCAUUAUUUUUGUGUUAUUAGGCACUGGUGUCUCUGGCCGCUCAAAACACAGAGAAGGGAGCAGAUUUUGCCGCCCAGGCGGUGGCUAAGGUUGCUAUUACCAUGAAUCCUGAAGUGGCAUUCCCUGGACAGAGGGUGAGGCUAUUAUACUAACCACGUGCACAAAAGAAUCCGGAUAUUGUGAAGAGUGGGGGGGGGGGGGGUUGAAAGGGGGGCUAUUUUGUUAAAUGUUUGUUAUUAGCAUAGGUCCGGGCUGUUCACAGUCCCCUAUUUUACGUUGUAAUCAUCGAGUUUGAUCGCCGAGUUCGUGAGACUGCGAUCUUGAUUUCAUAUUCGUAUACUUCGAAUGUACUCACGAAGGGAACAGAGUUUCCAUUUUCCGGGGAGAAAUAAACCGAGAUGUAUAAAAAAUACCCCGCUAAGUGAAAACGCCGUGACAUAUGCCUAGUAUAGGAGUUGCUCGCUCUGGGUUAUGGGCUCCUUGAAGAGUACAAUUCACCUGUGGGAACAGGGGUGGGAGGUGACCCCCACCCUGGUCCUGACGGGAAAUUUGCUGUCUUUCCAGCUUUUCCUCACCGUAGGAAGUCGAGAGGGCGGCCAUCGUCGACAGUAACAUCAAAACUUAGAGGACUGUUAGAAGUCUAGGCGUGAUAUGCUCGAUGAUUCCAUUAAUUUUGUUAUUUAUUGUUACUACCGCACAUAAAAUAGAGAUAGAACACCACUACCGGAAUCAAACACUGUGUCUUUUAUAGAUUUAUUUAUCUGUUUUGUUGGGGUUUUUUUUAUUAUCAUAUUUAAGGAUUUGAACGAACAAUGAAACGUUAGAACCACGUUGUGAAGCGCAAUAAUAAAAUUAAUGAUAUCGUAGGAAAGUAAUUGUUAAUUGCUUUCGCAGCAUAACAUCGACAAAACUGUUAAAACUGGGUUUAAGACAACUAAUGACUUAAUUUUGCGUUAUUCUUGCUUGAUUAAAUUACCGAGGUUUUAAGUGAAAUGAUCAUAAAUUUCGCUUUUUCUUUGUUGACAGUCAUAUGGCCUAAUUCGUCCUCUCCUCAAGUUGCUUCAUCCCUCAAAAACGGUAAGGCCUUUUAGUAAAAUAACUACAAGCGUAACAACUAGACUGGAAGGUUCCCUUCCUUUAAAAGUUUCUCACGGUAAAAACCAUCACCAGUUUUUCUUAGUUUGUUGACUGACUGAUUCAACCGGAACAAGCUCGUGAAAAAUCAUGUACCUGCUCACCUUUUCCUGCCAGUCAUGAAGGCUUAAGUCUCUUUUGGUGGUUUUAACAAUCAUUUUUCAGAGUACGGAGCCAGACGAAAUUUGUCACCGAAGCAAUAUCAGCGAUAUAUAGCCCUGCAUGUUAGCCAUAUUUGAUGGAAAGGCACACAACUGACCUCGAUACUGACAACGAGGGUGCUGUUUCAUUUUCACAUUGGCAUGCUUGGUGUUUUUUGGUUCGUUGUAUAUUGAUUUAUUGUCUUGCAUUUUUAGGGUCUACAACAGUUCGAAUCCCUGAUGGCGCUUACAAACUUAGCCCAGAUGAAUGAUGAAGUCAGGUAUGAGGUUCAAGAUAUGUUUGUUUUGUUCUUUCUAAACAUAGAGCGAUUUUCGUAUGACCUUGAAAUGAAAACGCGCAAAUAAAACAGAAACAACAAACGAACGGAAAGAGAGCGAUUUGAUUGGUUAAUCGUACGGAUACAAACAGGGGUGGCUUUUGAUUGGUCAAGCGAACGCUCGGGGGAAAAAACUUAAUGCCCGAGAACUUUCUAGAAUUCAAUCGAUACCUUGCUUUGACGUCAUACUACAACACGAUUGGCCAAUCGAACAAUGCCUUCUCCAUAUUAGUUUAUUUUUGGCGGGAAAACGAAGAGUCCAUGUUCUGGUCUUUUCAUCCAUUGGCUGAUAAAACAAAUAACGAACACUUACCGAAACCAUUUUUUAAGAUCAUACGAAAAUCGCUCCGUUUCUUAAACCACUUCACGACAAGAACGUUGUAUAGGUAAGUACUAGUUUUGAAAAACUGCAAAACAGCUGUAUUUUUGUGUUGGUCUAGUACAGAAUGCAGGUACUUGCUUGACAAAGCGCAGAUUUGUUGCGUUUAGCGCGAGUUUCGCCACAACCUCUUCCGCUUCGCGCCUUGCAAUUGUAUAGAGCGAUUCUGACUGUUUCUUUUUCGCGUGUUAUAGACGGCAUAUUGUGAAGGAGAAAGGUUUUCCUUUGAUCGAAAGCCUGAUGUUCGAGGACCAUGACCUGAUAAAAAGAGCUGCUACUGAGUGCAUGUGUAACAUGGUUAUGUGUGAAGAGGUAAGAAAUUUAAAGGUAAACGCUGACCCACUUCUUUGCGUGACGUUUGCGUUCCGCCUAUAUUGUUCUGUUCCUACAGCACCUGCCUGCUCUCAAUGCCACGUUUGUUUCUCUCUUUUGAAAAUUAUUUUAAGACAAUCUAUGCCAAACCAGAACACUUGUGUUCCAGGUAUUCAUCCGAGACCGCUUUUCUCUUUAACUCCAAUACCCCAGUUCAAAAGCUGGAUAGCGCUAUCAACCGGAUAAAUCACUAUCCAUUGGAUAAAUAUUAGCACUUUUCAUUUAUCUGGUUAUUUAACUGGGACCUGGUUUCUUCACACAGGUGUUUAAAAUAAAGGGUUUAGUUUAUCGUUGUUGUCACGAUUGUCUCGUUGAUAUUGGUCGCGACGUUUCCACCGCACACUGCAGGUCUUCAUAAGGCGAUAGUGUCGAUUUACUGAGACGGACUUUUUGUACAAACGAUAAACUAAACCCUUUAUACCCAUUAUCCACGAUGAUUAAUAUCUUCCAUGACAGGUGUUUAAAAUGUUUGAAAAAGAGGAUACUCCAACCGAGAGAGUGAAGCUGAUGACGCUGCUUUCCGGAGAGGACGACUUUCAGCUGGCACGGUGAGAUUUUUUUCCCCUUUAAUCCUCCAAUUCUCAAGACUGACCAACAUAAGUUUUCUCCUAAUAAUAUCAAUACAUAGUCAAAAGAAAAGGUUAUGAGAAUUUUUGAAAUGAUCGCCGAAAGAAAAAUGCCUUCAAUUUUUGUCAAUAAAUUGUGUGGAGAUCAGUCUGAGAAUCUGCAUCUAGAUAUUUGCCACUUGAGGGAGUUGUUACGUCCGCUUGCAAGUACCUAAAAGUUUGACCGGUUUCAAACUUUGCGCAACAACAUGCAACCACAUCCAACAACAUGCAACAGGGUGCGCAAACAGACGCAACAUGUAACAUCCAACAAUGUUGGGAGUUGUUGGCCAACAAUGUUGCGUUCGUUUGUAUGGGGCUUAAGAACCGAGUACCCUGUCCCCUCCCCCUCCCCCACGUUUUCGCCGCGGGGGGAAGGGUACUGCUACACCUAGGCUAGUCGUCCAUUGAUUGUUUAGUCAUUGUUUUGUCAUCAUUUCAGGUCACCUUGUUUUCGUUUGAUUAUUUCUUGUGUCUGUCUUAACUUAUAGGGCAGCCUCGGGUGCAUUAGCGGUCCUUUCGUCUAGUGAGAAAGUCUGUAAUCAAAUAAUUAAGGUACUAUUAUCAAACAUAUUAUACCCUUCUUCCAAGGGCCUCUCAACCGCAAAGCGUGCACGUGAGUUCUCGACCCCUCUUUAUUAUUACGCAUGACACAGGGCCACGCGCAGCCAUGAGUUCAGAGGCUCUGGUGACGAGAAUGGCUUUUACGCGGCAUCCGCAGGCGCGCAAAAUAGUGCGAGAGACAGGACGCUUAUUUCUUUUUUGAGAAAACCGAAUGUUCAAAACAAAACUUUAACUGAUAUUUAUUGAAAAAGGAACAGUAAGAGAAACUGCAACAGUAACAAACAUACGAUGAAUGUUCAGUAAACGUGAGGGAAUUUUAAUCUACUUCUACGCCGAUAGCUUUGACAGAGUCACUUACAUCAAUACCGUAAAUAAAAGCUUUCUGGUGUGGUAUCUUCGACGUCCAAUUCUUCCAAGGGGGUCGAUAUGCAACACUCGACUUUUACCUGGUGCCAAAAUGCUGUUUGUUCCAAUAAAUUUCUAGAAUGGCACUUAUUAGAAUGGGGGCGCUUAUCGGAGUGGGGGCGCUUAAUGGAAUAGGGGCCCUUAUUAACAAAAACACUUUCGAAGGGGGGUGCUUAUUGGAAGGAGGACGCUAAAUCGAAUCAUUAUGGUAUAUUUAUUAAUCUUCUCUGCUUUUUUCUUCUUUAUAGGUUUCGUCUUACAUGGAUAUACAAAAGCAGUUGCUGGUGUCUGACAAAAAAGAGUUGAGACACAGGUAACGUCAUGCUAUCGUCUUUGGUUGGUAGUGUGGGUUUCAAAAUUGUCAUGCUGAACCGUUAGACUCCUUCGCAGGCAUUCUCCUCGCUUGUCACGCAACGACUUUACAAUGUGUUAGAGAGAAGUGCGUGACGAGCCAAAAUAACGUCUACGACCUAGGCUAUUUAGCUAGUCUCUUCACCAAUAAACUGGUUGGACUAAAACCAGUCAUGGAGGUCGUGUUAGUUUAUUGAAUUUUUCAUGUGUGUUUUAAGUAAUUAAAGUAAUUAUUAUCUUGGUUUAGGUUUUAAGGGCCCAUGAAUAAAUAGUACUAUAUUUUCAAGUAUAUUUAAGUUGUUUGGCAAUGGACGCUACAGCUGUUUAGUUUUGUAUUUGGGAAAUGGUAAUUAUUCUCCCAGCGUUCUUUGUUGAUACUCGCGAGCUUUAAUUUCUUUCUGAUUAUCCUUUUUUCUGUAAUUUACAGGGGAGCACAUAUUGCCGCCAACAUGAUCGCUUCAAACAAGGAAAUCGCUACUAAGGUAGGAAGAGUAUAUUCCAGCAGCGUACUGAGUGACUGAUCGACUCACCUACCAAUCGACCGACCAACCCGAACGAGCAACCGACCGGCCGACUGAACAACUGACCGUUGAACGAGCGACGGACUAAAUGAACGACUACUGACUGUAAAAACAAUGACACUCAUUAGACUAACAAGCUGGCGAAUUUAAUGCCUAUUCUGACUGUUUCAUUUCAGAUCAUUGAAAGCGAAAUCCUUGAAGUUCUGAUGGUAUUCUCCAAAGACACUGAUCCUGAGAUGUCCAUGGCUCGAGAAUGCGCUGAAAGGGCGUUACAAGCUGCUGUAGAAAUGAGUCUUAUUAAGCGAAGUGACGAACAAAAUUGAGUCGAUACCAGAGAAACACUAUAUCAUCACGUUCUGACAAGUUCGCUAAAGCAAGAAGGCCCAUCUGCCUUCGAGAUUCCGUUCGUAAAAUUCCGGGGAGGGGGGCUCCGCCCCGAGAUCCAACCCCUUACUCCUUUAUAUACCAUUUUUCACGAAAAAGGCACUCCUUUCGUAUACCUUCUACUGACAAAUGGUGCCCCUUUCACAUACCUUGUUUAAAACUUUGCAUCCCUUUUAACUGCUGUAAAUGCACUGUCUUUUAAAUAGGAAUCAAUCACAAAAAUAGAACGUUUUCUCAGCUUUAUAAAGCCGUAAAAUCCAUCUGUCACCCCUUUUUGGGGCCUUUCACAGACCCAAAUGACAGCCUGAUUUCCCUACCCUUUUAUAUACUUCAACUAGUGAAAUCCCUACCCUUUCAUAUACCUGAAGCCUGAAAAUAUACCUCUUUUGGGCGGAGCCUCCCCGUAUAGGCCAUCAUUGGGAGUUCCCCCUCCCCCCGGGGUAAAACUCCUCGAGCAGCGCCUCCUCGUGUCUUCACGUUGAUUGAGAAGGAGAAAAGGAAGUUCUGCCCGAAUUGCGUCAAGCCUUUGAAGUCGCCGCAGCCCGAACUGCUGGACUAGUCAAUCUUGUUUUCUCUCGUCGAAAUGCCUUUUUCGUUGCGAGAAUCCGUUUGUUGAUAAACCGAUGGUUAUAACUGAGCCGACGAAAUACCGAUAAUCAAAACUGUAGCGCUGUGCCGGACCAAUUGAUCUGGCAAACCAACUUGGAGGUGGUCAUAUUAUCCUUAUCAUGCAUGAACGCAUCUCCAACGUAAUGCGCAUGCGUUCUCGACUUCAGAACCCUUUACUAUUCGACGCAUGACACAUGAUGACCAUGCGCAACCGUAAGACUUGAGACCGGUUACAUGAAUGGUUUGUACGCCGCAAUACACAGGCCACGGCUUUUAGGCCUGGCUUCAAAAUUGUCUCCUAGCAACUUGCAGCGGAAGCUCAACAAAGGUCUCAAUUGAUGCAGUCUUUCCCGAGUGAAAGCAAGUGAAAGAAAGGCUCUGUUACCAGGGUGUAUUCCUAAUAGCCAGCGGUUAAUUCCCUGAGAUUAGCAAAGCCUUUCGUGAAUGCGUUUACUUGGGUCUCAAAUCAGCUUCUAAUCCUUCCCUGCAUUUUUAGAAGACUAGUACAGCAGAAGUUGGCUGGAUCUUGUGGAGGCUUUAGGGUGCGCUGAUAAUUCUUUGAACUAAAGCAUUCUUUUUAACUUACGUUUAGAAAUGGAAGUUUCAAAUGGACGUUUCAAGGGUAAAAGUUUAUGAACAAUGCAAAUAUUAAAAACGUGAAAUACGC